AAUAUUUUGACCUAGAUUUAUUCUUGUCUGUUAGUUAUUAUACUCUGUGUUAUUGGUUACUUCGAGCAGACAAUCUUGUCUGCCAGAAACUGGUCUGUGUUAAUUAUUGGUUGGGCGGGAGUUUCGUGUAUCAAGGGAUGGUUGAUGUGUGCCGCCAAUACAAAUGUGUUUUCAUAAAAGAUACAGUAUGGUUGAAAAUGGUGUGAUAGUCAUGUGUGCAGAAUUUCUUGAAGAUAUUUGCUAAUAAAGAUUUGAGUCGAGGAAGAUCAUUGAACACAAAAUGAAAAAAGUACACUGUAGGCCUAGUAAUAUUUAUACGCAUAAUGCGCCGUGAUAAUUUUAGAGGGGGUUUAUUGUCCAUUAGACCACACUUUUCGACCAGUCAGAAUCGAGGAAAUUUCUAAUUUGUGCUACAAUGAUCAAAUAAAAUCUUGUUGGCAAUCAAAACGACAGGAGUGUACUGUUAGAAUUUGUGAGUAUUGUGAGAUGAUGGCAGUCAAAAUCUUUUCAACAAGGAAAAACAAUAUAUCGAGUGAUAAACCGUGUUGUUAUUGUGGAAUGCAGUAGCAAGAAUUUAUAUUUUAAUCCCUUCAAGUGCCUGUGGUUUUGACAUUCACGUCCAAAUGACUCAAUAUUUUGAACUGAACUUUUCAGACAAGGUGUCUAAGAUAUGGCUGUCUAAGUUUUGGGAUGAUACGAAUAUUCUACAGAACGUUUAAGACAGUAUAGACUUCAAGAUAUCAGUGACAACAAUAUUUAAUAAUGAAGACUUUCUGCCCACGAGGUCAGAAAUCAACAAAAGCAAUAUUGGUGUUGGCAGCCAUUGUAACCUGUCCAUUCAUUUUUCUGUUACUCUUUCCGUGUAUAACCGAUAGUCUUAGAGAUGAAAAAAUGAGAUUCACACCGAUAAAAACAAGUGAUGGAGAGAAGUUUUAUAUAUGUCCGAUACUGACGGGUGGUAUAGGAAAUCAAAUGUUUCUUUAUGCAUCAGCUUACGGUAUCGCCAGAUCCACAAACAGAAUAAUGUUAAUGGAAAGCAAUACCUUAAAUAAUCUGUUCAAUCUUGAUAUUACACAAUUAAGUCGAACUCUCUGUCAUUGUGUACCUAAGAAGGUUUCUACAUAUGACUGUGCUUAUGAUGAAGAUAUGUUAAAUAUACCUGCCAAUAUAAACUACCAAAUAGGCGAGUACUUGCAAUCAUACAAGUAUUUCUAUAAGUAUGAGCAAGAUAUUAAACGGAUGUUCAGAUUUAGACAAUCUUUAAAAGACUCCGCUAAUCAGUUUUUAACAGACGUGGCCAGACAUUACACAACAAUAUCGACGACGACAAACACACAGAUUACGUUUAUAGGUGUUCAUGUUCGCCGUGGGGAUAUGUUAGAUGACUAUUAUAAAAAGUACGGGUAUGUGUUACCGGGUCCUGACUACGUACAUAAAGCAAUGGAUUUUAUGAGACGAAAGUUCCAGCAAACCGUUUUUAUAUUCGCCUCAAACGAUGUGCCGUGGGCAAAAUCAAACUUCUAUGGGAACAAUAUAUUUUAUAGUUCAAAUACGGAUCCUAAUUUAGACUUGGUUUUACUAGCCUCGUGUAAUCACAGUAUCACAACUGUCGGGACAUAUGGGUGGUGGUCGGCAUUUUUAGCAGGGGGAACAACUCUAUAUUAUAAAUAUCCCGCGCGAGACGGUUCGCCUUUACGGAAACAUUUUAGUUCUGAUUACUCUGAUUUCUUUUAUCCAGGUUGGAUUGGCCUAAACUGACGACAAGAAACGAAAACUGAUUACUGGACCUCUCUUUGAUCCUCGCCUUUUUAACACCUGCCCGUGUACCAGUGACAUCUUUCAGAAAUGGGAUAACUAGAAUUUGGCGUACGGGCUUGAUGAAUGUUGGAGAGUGGGUUUGGGAAGUACCGGUACCUAAAAUUCGGGUUACAAACGGCGGUGCCAGUUGUCUGCGAGAAGCGUAGGAGCGGAGCUUGCCGUGUAGCCCCCCCCCCCUCCAAAUGCAAAUUUGGAAAAUUUGUCGGCCGAAUACGCGUUUUCCUGUCGCGAAUCGUGAUACAUGUAGUGGGAAGCUAGCAUUAAGACGGUUGUAUUAAAAUCUUCUAUUUCUAUCGUAACACCUCACUGGUUUGCACGAAUUAAAUGAAUAUGAGUAACUUCCUUGCUGGAUAAGUAUGCUAAUAAUAAUAUAAAAAAGACGGUGUGUGAAAUUGUAUAUAUAUGUAUAACAUCAACGCUAACUAUAUGGUUGGUGUAAUUCAUUAUUUAUACAUUUAGAUCAUGACAUGACUUUUACAAGGUUAUUUAACUAAAUUGGUUGCUAUAAACUAGUUGCUAGGAAUACAUAAUGUAGAUAUAAAAGGGAAGACAUCUGGUAGACUCCUCAUAAACUUGCUAUACAUCUAAUACAGUGUUUGUUUCCAUUUUAAGGUGAGCGUAUAUUUUGUAUAUUAUUUGUUUUUAAAACUAUCGAUGCACUCUGUCCAAAGUGUGUAGUUUUAUAAUUUAAAGAUAGGCGUCCCAUAGACGAAAUAGUGCCUCUACACACCAGCGAGUAAGAAAGCUCUUACACCCACCCCCAACUUAUGUAAAUAUUAAUAUGUCAUUUUAUUUUAAUUAUAUGUUUAAUAUUAGUAUAUAUAUUACUAAUACCUUAUUUUAUGUAAUUAUAUGUUUAAUUGUCUUGUAUAAAUAUGAUCAUGAAUUACAUAUAAUAUAAACUUGCCAUACAUCUAAUACAGUGUUUGUUUCCAUUUUAAGACUUAUAACCAGAGAAUUUUAGCUUUUACAAUAGUACACAUACUAUUGUAAAGCAACCCAGCAUAACUGAGAUUUGAUAAAUAAAAAAAAAAUACUGGAUAAUGUCCACUUUGUCCCAGCUUAAUCCACGCUGAAAGGUAUGUAAUAUUUAGAUAAAGAGCUAGCCAUUCUUGCUAUAAUAGUUCGAAAAUAGAUAAUGUAAAAUGAAUAAUUUGAAAAUUUCAUUCAAAUUACUCUAUCGCGAGCGAAGAAAUUAGUCUUUGAAGGUUUGACAAGAAGUGUGCAAUAAUUUCAACCACCGUACUGGUUGUUCGAAACUAAGUCUCGCUCCUCCAAUUUUAGCUUAAAGAUAGGUUCCCAGAAAAGUAUUUAUCGGGUGGUUAUUUCCAAUAAAAAUAUGGCAAUUUUGGUAUAUAUGGAAAGUAGAGAUAUCCAAUCUUACUAGAAAAAUACCGGAUUCCCUGAAAAAGACUCAUGGAGCGUAUACAGGACAAAAAUGUAAGGGUUCCCCUAAUCGACAGCCCGACGAUUAGGAAUACCUGCACGCGUGACGUCGAAGGUUGCACGCGAAGAUUGAGCGCUUGAUGUACAUGUUGAAGAGUAAGACGUACAACACUUUCUCAGAUAAAAAUCACGGAAAAAGACGCGGGCAGUGGAUAAUCCGAGAAUUUAAUUAGGAUUCGAUAUUUGUAAUAAAUAGUAAGCGAUUAAAGGCAACAUCGCCUUGUGUAUGCAAUGAAUUCACCUCCGACUUCGCCCCCUUGGUUAUAGGUAGCGAGAGAGGUAAGCCAAGUGACAAACACAUGACCUCUUUUGAUCGAUUUUUAUAGCAGGGUAUUCCUUGGCAAUUACAAUGUUUUGAGAAGGAUUUGAAGAAAAAUUAUGAUAAAUUAAUUAGUUUGAAUAUGUUUUUAGUCCAAAUAUUAUAUCAUCAGAUCACCCAGUUUGUACGCGGUAUUGUAUCUUUAAAUCAAAAUAUGGCUGAACUGUUCUAAUCUAUUUAAUAUCGGAGAAAUACGUUGUCAUCUAGAGUUGAUUAUGGCCUGGAUAAGUUAAUUAAUGUUUAAUUAAUAAUUUAGAAAACAUUUCAGGCCUAAAAAAAGAGCUGCAAUAGGCAGAUUUAGCUCUUGCAUAAAGCAUGUUUAAGAAAACAAAACCAAAGUAUCAAGCCAGCUUGGAUUCAAUCGGAUUAACAUGAUGUCCGUCAACAGAUUUUACCCAACACUUAAAGGUGGUGCUGUUUUGUUUAUACCGUGCUUUAAACAUACAUUAUGCAAGAGCUAAAUCUGCCUGGUGCAGCUCUUUCUUUAGGCCUGAAAUGUUAUCUAAAUUAUUAAUUAGACAUCAAUUAACUUAUACAGACCAUAAUCAACGCUUGAUGGCAUCGCUAGGCUGUGAUGUUUAUUGGAUUAGGUUCCGAUUUGCUGUUCGACUUCCAUUCAUAAUUAAAUCAUGAAAUGGAUAAUCGAGACUAUGUUUUUAUCCUACCGACUUGAGUAAUGAUGAUCGAGGCUAGGUCGAAAAUUCAAUCGCUAAAAUCUCGGUUCAUAGUGGAUCAAUUUGACUGAAAUUUUCAGCAAGUCCCCUUUACAGUAUCUAGUUUUUAACUAUUAUAGUGAGGACUGUCCGCUCUUUAUCUAAUCUCCCAUAAUGUCUCAGUAAAGUUAUAAUAUAUAUUUAAAUAUAUUUUGUUACGCUUGUUAUUUAUUUAUGAUUUUUUACAGAAAAAGUUGGAUUUUAUUUUGUUAUAGAAUUUGUGACGAACAUUGGACGUUUUUUUUAAAUUCUGCACAGAAAGCAUGUCUUUUUAUUUUUUACUUCGAUUUUAGAAUUGUUAUUAAUUAUUGGUCUUUUCAUUACUAUGUAAUUAAAUCACCACCCUUUUUUAUCGAAAACGUUUCACUUUUGUUACUUCCAUUUAAAUAUUCUCGCUAGCAUUCACAAUGUAAUGUCAGGGAUUACUAUCUAUCGCAGUGGUAAUUCAUUGCAUAUCUGUGUUUAAUUUUCCAGUUAUCAAUGUCAUUGGCUAGCUUUUAUAGCUUGUAUAGUUUAUCCACAAUUUCAAUUUGGAAAUAAAG